AUGGUGGCAAACUUCCAGUUGUUUUCGUCCCUUCGCUAUGAUGCAGCGCUCCUCCAAGUGGCAGACAGCCCACUCAACGACAGCGGCUGGAACCGCGUAAACAAGUCCCCCUUUUACAUGCUGGACUUCCACCGGGACCGCAUGCUCAGAGCGGCCACUCACUGGGGCUGGGACGCCGCCGUCGAGGCGCUGAGCGGCGAUGCAGGGCUGCAAAGGCUCGAAGAAGCCCUCGCGGGUGCUAUAGGGGAAAAACAGAGUGCACCAUUACGAGUGAGGGUAGUUAUCUCGGAACAGGGCGCCAUAGAAAUAGUCACGGGCAAGGUUCUGGAGACGACGCUCUCGAACCUGUACCCAGCAAAGCUCCCCGUGCCUGGGGAGGCGCCGACGGGGCCUAGCGAACCUAACAGUAGGCAAACAACCACGCCCUCUAAAGUACCGACUUACGAGGUCGUUGUGGACGAAUCGGGGACGGCCCGGUCCGAGUACACGCACUUCAAGACGACGAAACGGGCCAUGUACGACGUCGCACGGCAACGGGCGCGGAUCAGUCCCACCGACGCGAAGGAGGUGCUCAUCGUCUACGACGUGGACGGCCAUGUCAUGGAAGGCUCAACAACCACGCCCUACUUCUGGAGAGGCGGGAGGUGGGUCACGCCGGCUGUGAGUUCCCAGUACAGCCUCGACAGCGGAAGCGGGGGACAGGACGGAACGACGAGGAGGUGGAUCUUGGAGAAGGGCCUCGCUUUUGAAGAUGUCAUCUUGGCCAGCUCCCUCGUAGAUGGUGAAGAGUGCUGGCUAAGCAAUGGGGUGAGGGGGUUUAUGUUUGGGAGGAUCAAGUUGCAUCAUGACACCUGA